AUGACCUACCCAGUGAGCACCCAGCCUCAGAUGGUGCAGCUAAUCAGCACAUCAUCGACAACCAGCAGCUGGAAUUCUGACGUCUUUGAUUGCUGUGAUGACUGCGGAGUCUGUCUAUGUGGAGCAUUCUUCCCCUAUGCUUAGCUUGUAAAGUGGCCUCAGAUUACGGCGAAUGCUGCUGCUUGCCCGUGAUUGGUGGUGCCGUGCUUGCCAUGCGCACCAGGUCUCAGGGAAACGGCAUCGUAUCCCGGGCACGAUCUGUAAUGACUGUGUGUGCCUCACCUUCUGUGGACCUUGCGCACUGUGUCAGAUGGCGCGUGAGCUGAAGGCCAGGAAAUGA